GGGCGGCCCCUGCGGCGGCGAUUUGGCGGAGGAGGGGGCCCGGGCGGAGGCCUCGGCAGGCUUUGGAGACACCGGGCGAGGGCAGAAGAGGAGGCAGUAGACAGGGCUGGAGAAGAUGUCGGGCCAGACGCUCACAGAUAGGAUCGCUGCCGCUCAGUACAGCGUGACAGGCUCUGCGGUAGCAAGAGCAGUCUGCAAAGCCACCACUCAUGAGGUGAUGGGCCCCAAGAAGAAGCACCUGGACUAUUUGAUCCAGGCUACCAACGAGACCAAUGUUAACAUUCCUCAGAUGGCCGACACACUCUUUGAGCGGGCAACAAAUAGUAGCUGGGUGGUUGUAUUUAAAGCAUUAGUGACAACACAUCAUCUCAUGGUGCAUGGAAAUGAGAGAUUUAUUCAGUAUUUGGCCUCUAGAAAUACACUAUUCAAUCUCAGCAAUUUUUUGGACAAAAGUGGAUCUCAUGGCUAUGACAUGUCUACCUUCAUAAGGCGCUAUAGUAGAUAUUUGAAUGAAAAGGCCUUUUCUUACAGACAGAUGGCAUUUGAUUUUGCCAGGGUGAAGAAAGGGGCCGAUGGUGUAAUGAGGACAAUGGCUCCCGAAAAGCUUCUAAAGAGUAUGCCAAUACUGCAGGGACAGAUUGACGCACUGCUUGAAUUUGAUGUGCAUCCAAAUGAACUAACAAAUGGUGUCAUAAAUGCUGCAUUUAUGCUUCUUUUCAAAGAUCUUAUCAAACUUUUUGCUUGCUAUAAUGAUGGAGUUAUUAACUUACUCGAAAAGUUUUUUGAAAUGAAGAAAGGACAAUGUAAAGAUGCUCUAGAAAUUUACAAACGAUUUCUAACUAGAAUGACACGAGUGUCUGAAUUUCUCAAGGUUGCAGAGCAAGUGGGUAUUGAUAAAGGUGACAUUCCUGACCUUACACAGGCUCCCAGCAGUCUAAUGGAGACCCUUGAACAGCAUCUAAAUACAUUAGAAGGAAAGAAACCUGGAAACAAUGAAGGAUCUGGUGCUCCCUCUCCAUUAAGUAAGUCUUCUCCAGCUACAACUGUUACAUCUCCUAAUUCUACACCAGCUAAAACUAUCAACACAUCUCCACCAGUUGACUUAUUUGCAACUGCAUCUGCAGCUGUCCCAGUCAGUGCUUCGAAACCGUCAAGUGAUCUCCUGGACCUCCAGCCAGACUUCUCUGGAGAGGCAGCAGCUGCUGCCGCUGCACCAGCACCCCCACCAUCUGCAGGAGGAGCCACAUCGUGGGGAGCUUUUAUUCCUUCAUAUGCUGCCACAUGUUGGACAUCAGUAGACCUUUUGGGAGAGGAUUCUUUGGCUGCACUUUCCUCUGUUCCCUCUGAAGCACAGAUUACAGACCCAUUUGCACCAGAACCUACCCCUCCUACUACAACUGCUGAAAUUGCAACUGCUUCAGCUUCUGCCUCAACCACCACGACUGUGACUGCUGUCACUGCUGACGUGGAUCUCUUUGGAGAUGCCUUUGCAGCUUCUCCUGGGGAGGCCCCUGCAGCAUCCGAAGGGGCCACAGCACCAGCUACCCCCACCCCCGUAGCAGCAGCACUUGAUGCAUGCUCAGGAAACGACCCCUUUGCCCCGUCUGAAGGUAGUGCAGAGGCUACACCUGAGCUGGACCUCUUUGCAAUGAAGCCACCUGAAACCAGCGUUCCUGUAGUUACCCCUACAGCUAGUACAGCCCCUCCAGUUCCCGUAACUGCUCCUUCUCCUGCUCCCGCUGCUGCAGCUGCCACUGCUGCCACUACUGCCGCCGCCGCUGCCACCACUACCACCACCUCUGCCGCCGCCACCACCACUGCUCCUCCUGCUCUAGAUAUCUUUGGUGAUUUAUUUGAGUCUGCUCCUGAAGUUGCUGCAGCGCCUAAGCCAGAUGCUGCUCCUAGCAUAGACCUGUUUGGUACAGAUGCUUUCUCCUCUCCACCACAAGGGGCCUCUCCUGUGCCUGAGAGUUCUCUCACUGCUGACCUCUUAUCCGUGGAUGCAUUUGCAGCACCAUCUCCUGCAACCACUGCCUCUCCAGCAAAGGUGGAGUCUUCAGGUGUGAUAGACCUUUUUGGGGAUGCAUUUGGAAGUAGUGCUUCUGAACCCCAACCUGCACCCCAGGCUGCUUCUGGUUCAUCAGCAUCGGCAGAUCUACUAGCUGGAUUUGGGGGUUCUUUCAUGGCCCCUUCUCCAUCACCAGUCACUCCAGCUCAGAAUAACCUGCUGCAGCCCAAUUUUGAGGCAGCUUUUGGAACAACACCUUCAACUUCUAGCAGCAGCUCCUUCGAUCCAUCAGUGUUUGAUGGUCUAGGUGAUCUUCUAAUGCCAACAAUGGCACCAGCUGGGCAGCCUGCACCUGUCUCAAUGGUACCACCCAGUCCCGCGAUGGCAGCCAGCAAAGCCCUUGGGAGUGAUCUUGAUUCAUCUCUUGCCAGCUUAGUAGGCAAUCUUGGAAUUUCUGGCACCACAUCAAAAAAGGGAGAUCUUCAAUGGAAUGCUGGAGAGAAAAAGUUAACUGGUGGAGCCAACUGGCAGCCAAAAGUAACACCUGCCACAUGGUCAGCAGGUGUCCCACCAAGUGCACCUUUGCAAGGAGCUGUACCUCCAACCAGUUCAGUUCCUCCGGUGGCCGGGGCCGCAUCUGUUGGACAGCCUGGAACUGGAUUUGGAAUGCCUCCUGCUGGGACAGGUAUGCCCAUGAUGCCUCAGCAGCCAGUCAUGUUUGCCCAGCCCAUGAUGAGGCCACCCUUUGGAGCUGCAGCUGUACCUGGCACACAGCUUUCUCCAAGCCCUACACCUGCCACUCAGAGUCCCAAGAAACCUCCAGCAAAGGACCCAUUAGCGGAUCUUAACAUCAAGGAUUUCUUGUAAACAAUUUAAGCUGCAAUUUUUGUGACUGAAUAGGAGAAAUGAGAUGAAUUUGGAGACUUCAAAUAAGAUUGAUGCUCAGAGUUUCAAAGUGAGCCACCAGUACCAAACCCAAUGCUUACUCAUAACUUCUCUUCCAAAACAUGUAGCACAGCUGUGAAAGUGAACAUUAGGAAUGUGUACUACCUUAGCUGUUAUCCCUACUCUCAAAAUUGUAGUGUAUUUGGGUUACUUGUGUGUUGUAUGAUGUAACCAAUGAAUGAAUGUUUCCGAUACCUUUAGUGCUUUUUUGGACCUUGGCCAUGGAUGGGUGGCACAGAUUUUGUAUGGUGAGCCAUUUGGAAAGAUGUGUCUGUGUUUCUGAAGGUGUUGAUGUAUAUAUACCUUUUGGAAAAACCCUGAACUCUCCCCAUCUCAAUCCUCUUUUCUUCUGUAUCUCUGUUACAAGGGUAAUGUGAUAAUAUCAGAUAGUAAGAAAAACACUCUUAAAUAGACAAAACUGUUUUUGGUGUGGGUACAUUUUUCCAACCACAGAAAUUUCAACUGUUGUGAGAAAUGUUUAUUUUUGUGGCACUGUAUAUGUUAAGAAAUUUUAUUUUAAAAAAUAUAAAGGUUAACGGCCAUAAUAAAUAUUUCUCCUUGAAGCUACCUUAUCAAGAAUGAAAAAUUAUAUGGAAAGAAUUCCAUAUUUAUCACUGCUAUAUUAAAAUAUAUAUUUUAAUUAUAUUUGACAGGUUUUGCAUCUAAAUUGACCUAUUUAUUCAUUCUUGAUUAAAUGCACUGAAAAGUAAGGGUCCAUUUCUAUCAUGUCCAUGAAAAUGCAAUUAGAGAUGUACUAUUUAAGUGAUUAUGAAAGCACCCCAAGAUAUAUCUGUAAUUUAAAGAAUACUACAAAUAUUUUUACUUCUCUGUGGGUUUUAUGUACAUCUGUUCAUUUAGUAUUUCUUUGUGUAUUCUGUAGACUAGUGUUUUUUCAUCCUUCAAUUGAGCUCAAAGUAGUUUUUGUUGUACCAUUGUGAUUAGAAUUUAAACUAAUUCAGAAAAUUGUAUCCUUUACUGUACAUACUGUAUUCUUUGAUUUUUUAAUUUGUUGUCAUACUGUCUGUGCUGAUGGCUUGGCUUAAGAUUUUGAUGCAUAUAUGAGGUCACUGUUGAUCAGUGUUGCUAGUGGCUUGGCAGCUCUUCGUAAAAGCAUAUUGGGUUGGAAAGGCAUUUGCCUAUUUUUCAAAUUAUUUAAUAGGUGUAUGGUACCAUUUAAAAGUGGUUGUAUCUGAAUUUACUGUGGGGAUAACAUACACUGUAAUGGGGAAAAUUACCUAAAACCAAUUUCAAAAUGGCUUUUCUUUGUAUUUCAGUUUAAAAACCCAGUGCAUGUACGCCCUCUGAGAUGCAAUAAACACCUUGAACAAAGAAAAUGCAAAUACAA